UCGGUGGCUGCUGUAUGAUUCGUUUUGGUAUAGUCAAGAUCCAAGAUGGCGCUGCGAGGACUGGGUUUCUGUGUUACUUUUGUACUUCGUCACGUCAAUUCUCCAAGACUAGACGUGUUUUGUUCGGCAGUGAAAUUUAACAGUAUUACAUGCAGAAUUGAAGCCAGGCGUUACCUUUUGUCAGAGGAUGUGGUGAGACUGGAAGAUUUUCAAAAGAAGAAACUUGCUGUGGCUCGACAAUUGUCUGGAUCAAAAGGGCAUUUCUUUGCUGCAUUAAAUGAGAAAAUAGAAACUAAUCAGUUGCUCUUGAAGGAUGAACUGAAGCUGCUUCUCCUUCUCUGUCAGUCACCUGAGGAUAUGGUUAUGGCUAGAAAUGCUAUCUACAGGUACCAUGAACAAAAUGGUAAUAUGGUAUUUGGGGAGUUCAGGUUUGGACCCUUGUUUAUGAGGCUGUGCUAUGAGCUGGGCCUGGCGGAUUUAGCAUUCACUACACUAACAGAUAAGAGGCUAAAAGGGUUCUUUCCAGACUGUACAUCCUUCAACCUGGCCAUAGACCUGCUAUUCAGUAAAGGCCAAUUUGAAGGUGUGUUGGAGCUUAUAAGGGAAAUGAAAGCCCAAGGUGUUGUUUUCAACAAGGACACCUUUACGCUGGCAUUUGCUACCUGCUACAAGCUAAACACCGCUAAGUCAUACCAGAUCUGCUUAGCCUUGCUAGAGGAAGGUCAGACAAAAGUCAGCUUCAUUCCUAGACAUGCUUAUUGUAUUGCAGUUGCCUUUGCACUUAAACAGGAUGAUGUUGAGCGAGCACAGAGUAUCUACACUCAGAUCAUGAACACAGACAGCAGACUAUGCCAAAACCUGAGAGUACUUCUGUUGGCCAUGGCAGGAUCUAUAAAUGAUGCAGUUUCUGUCCUCACAACAGCCCUGCUAUCUGAUAGUUUAGUGUUUGUAAAGAAGCCAGACUUCUGCCAAGAAGUGGUGGAUGUGUUAAAAGAGAGAAGUGAAAAUGGGCCAUGGAAAAUUCAAGUUGAUCAUCUGAUUAUUCAGCUACAGAAAGCAGGUCAGGUGAACCCAGAAAGGCUGGACCACUUGCUGUACCGCACUCCUACAGGGAAAAGGAAGCUUUUUUCUUUUCUGCACGAGGGGACCAGCAGGACCAGCAGCCGAAGGACUCUGAGACCACUACUGUUAGAGUAAACACACACAUGAUGGUCAUAGCCACUGUUUAAGUUAAUAAAAUAUUAGCAGUACACAAUA